ACAAUCCGACCCUGGCAAAAUACAAUCAGCUGUUUGUAAUGACAGCUCUGACAAAUACAAAAUGGUUGAAAACUAAAGUUGGCAAACAAAGAAAGGCAGCGUAAUAGCGUUAUUUGGCGUUUUAAAACGUUUUUUAAAGUGAAAAGUGUAUUAAAAUAGUGCGUGUGAAGUGUUUAGUGCACAAUGUUGGAUUUGGAGAUCAUCCCGGAGCGAUCCCUGGGCUGCGACGCCUGGGAGUUCGUUUUAGGGAUGCAUUUCUCUCAGUCAGUGGCCAUCAUACAGAGUCAAGUGGGCACAAUCAGAGGAGUACAAGUACUAUAUAGUGAUCAGAAUCCCCUAAAUGUAGACCUAGUGAUAAACAUGCCUCAAGACGGCAUCCGGUUUAUAUUCGAUCCGGUCGCCCAACGGCUCAAGAUCAUAGAGAUAUACAACAUGAAAUUAGUUAAGCUUAGGUAUAGCGGCAUGUGUUUCAACUCGCCAGAGAUAGCGCCAUCUAUCGAGCAGGUGGAGCACUGUUUCGGCGCCACGCACCCCGGCCUCUACGACUCGCAGAGGCACCUGUUCGCGCUUAACUUCCGGGGGCUGUCAUUUUAUUUCCCCGUUGAUAGCAAAUUUGAGCCCGGCUACGCGCACGGCCUGGGUUCGCUCCAAUUUCCGAACGGCGGCUCGCCCGUCGUCGCGAGAACCACCAUUUACUACGGAUCUCAGCAUCAGGCAAGUAGCAGCGUAGGAGCGGCCAUAGGCGCGCCGCUGCCGCCGCUACCACUAUCCUGCUACCGGCAACAACUACACCUGCGGCGUUGUGACGUGCUCCGCUCGCCGCAGAGCACGAGGGGGCUGAGGCUGCACAUGUUCACUGAAGGCACUACGCGCGCGCUGGAGCCGGUGCAGCGCGCGCUGUGCCGCGCGGUGCGGUUCGGCGACUCGUGCCAGGCCGUGGCGCGCGCGCUGGGCGCCCCCGCGCGCCUCUACUACAAGCACGACGACAAGAUGCGCAUCCACCGCCCGCCGCCCCAGCGCCGCGCCAGGCACGCGCCCCCCGCCACAGAUUACUUCUUCAAUUACUUCACCUUGGGAUUGGACAUCCUUUUCGAUGCGAGCACGCACCAAGUGAAGAAGUUCGUCCUGCACACCAACUAUCCUGGGCAUUACAACUUCAACAUGUAUCAUCGCUGCGAAUUCGAGCUCGCCGUGCAGCCAGAUAAAUGCGAGCCCAACUCCCUCGUGGACAGCGUGGGCGCCGUGAGCAUCACCGCGUACUCCAAGUGGGAGUCCGUGUCCCGAGCGCUGCGCGUGUGCGAGCGCCCCGUCGUGCUCAACCGCGCCUCCAGCACCAACACUACCAACCCGUUCGGUUCCACGUUCUGUUACGGAUACCAGGACAUCAUAUUUGAGGUGAUGUCGAACAACUACAUCGCGUCGAUAACGCUGUACCAGCCCGAAGGCGGCCGGCCUGCCUUCGCCGUCAACUCUAUCGCGUGACACAAUCAGGUUUCCCCAAGCAAAGGUUUGUACACGUCCUGAACUAUUUCAGUUGCCAGCCUUUACAAUCCUCCACUAGCGUGGCAACACUGUUGCCACACGCUGCGAAGCAAUCACAACAUAUCCCCAACAUAAAGCACCUAAGAGGAAACAGUAUUGAAAAAAAAAUGUGAUAAAAACUGUGAAAAAAAAACUAAAAAAAGUUAAGUGAGUGACAGAUCUCAGAUGGUGUGCAUAAGUCUUAUUUAAUUCCUUGGAAAUAGUAACAUUUUUUAUUUCUCGACAUAGACAUAGAAGGACAUAUAAGUAAUUAGUCAAAUUUGUUUAUUAACGAAUUCUGAAUCAUGAGAAUUAGCAUUAGGCUGUUGUAAAUAUUUUUGGAAAUACGGUAAAAUUUAGAAAUCAUAAAUUAAUGUAUUUUUUCUAAAAAAGAUGAUUAUGAAAGGCGUUUGCUAUUGCGUGUGGGAGUAUUGAGAAAAAAAGUGUAAAAAAAAUAUUUUUCUUAUGACAACACCACAAUAUGCCAUGGAUGUUUUUUUGUAAUUUUUAUGGUUUUAAUUAUUGAUAAAUGUGUAAGGAUUAUAAGUAAUGUGCCUCACUAUGUCGUUAUUUAUUUAUGUGUUCGUAUUUUCAUUUUUUAUAUUGUCUUGCUUUUCGAUUUCGUCAAUAGUUUAUAUGAAUCGAAGAGUUAAGCUUAAAUCUAAAUCUAAAACCUUCCUAGUCUAGAAUUUAAAAUAAAAAAAUCUCUGGCAUGCCAAUUUUUUAUUUAUUUUAAAAUUUAGAGUCAGGUCGAUUAAAUACAAUUUUAAAUAUUAAACGCCAGCUUAAGUACAGUCACCAUCAGAAACAAGUACGAUUAAGGUGGUCAAAAAUAUCUGAACUCGACUUUAUUGUCAAGGCGUUAAAGUACAUAUUCAGAUGUGACUGCUACAUUUAUUGGCCACUACAUAGUAAAAAAAUUGGCCACUCUUAACAAUAAGGCUUCAAUUGGCUUGUUUCUUUCUUAUUUGUUGUUUGUGUUCAUUACUAUGUAGUUGCCAAUAACAAUAACUAUAGCAGUCACCCUAGUACCAUCGUCCAUUUUUGAUGGUGAUUGUAUAAUUCUGAAGACGUGUUUUGGUAUGUGUCGUUAUAGGUAUAGACGAAUAUGUGUGUGUCAGUGCCACGUAGCAGUCACAAAUGUGUGUGCAAUAUAAUUUUGUCAUAUUAAACUUUCGAGCAAACUUAAUGAAAGCUAUAUUAAGUAAAACUUAGUCGACGCGGUUUGUACGUAACGGCACUGCAUGAUAAGGUGACGUAUGCCUAGGCCAAUUUCUAGUAUCACUAUAGAUUCGAUAUUUUUUUUUUCAAAUUCAGAAACAUUAGUAAAUGGUUACAUGAUUACAUCAUUUGUACACAAAAUAAAUGACACUGAAAUUGAAAUAAUGAACGCUUGGUAGAUAACAAAAUAGAAAUGCCACAAAACAGCCAGGAAGUAAUUCGCCUUUCGUUUUCCCACUACAAUAGUAUUUUUCAUUUAAACGUAAAGGAAUAUCUUAAAAUAUUGACUAUCAAAAUUGUUUUUACAAAAAAAUAACCUGUAUUUUUUACUUUUUGAUUUUUGACUGACUUACUGUCUUAGUUAUAAUGCUUUUUAUUUCGUUUGUCUCGAAGGGUCACUUUAAAUUCAUUAUAAUACGGGAGAUCGGAGAUUUUCACGUUCAAAUUAUUUCCAUUGGGAAAGAUUAGACUAAGCACAGCCACAUUCAUUGUGUAUGGCCAUAAACAUCGGCAUUAAGAAUAGAAUAAAAUACAAAAUUAUUCGUAAGCACAAACAAGACAUUACAUAAUAUAAAAGAAAACAUAAUACACAAGGACAUAAUAUAGAAGGAGGGGCAAGAGCACCUAUUCUAGAAAUACACAGAUGGAUGAUAGAGGCACUUUUCUCAUGGUGAUUCUCCAGUCAGGCGCACUUAGCCCAUGGUGGAAGUGCAUCUAGUUCUUCACCUUGUUCUAUAAUAGGCACACUUACCCUACCUUACUAUCAUUUUUGCUUGAAAAUCUUCGUUCUCCCUAUUAAAUAGUGCCAAUCGAAUCAGAGCUCUAUUACUUAGGCCCUAGAGUCGAGCUUACGCAGGCAAGUUGUAAAACUCUUGCAAUAACAAUCAUAGUUCAUUUUUGUGUGCAAUCUUUGCUGUUUCCGAAGUAGAAUAACAUAAUCAAUAUUCAUCAAAUAUAUUAAAACGGGUAAAACACUCAAGUAUUUUAAGUAGAAAAUACUUAAUAUCUCUGUGCCUCACGGACAUUUUGUUAUUAUUCAAUAUGUUUACUUGUGUACUUAAAUGUAAAUUGAUUUUUAAUAGCUUAUAUUCAUUUCUAAUUCUUAAAAGUGUAUUAAUGUAUUAUUUACAUAAUAAUUGUAAGUAUAGCAAAUGAAAAUUCAAGAUAAAUCUAUUUCAUUUCACUGCUGAAACAGCAAAUGAUUAAAAACGCUAUUAUAUCCAAAAAUUGUCAAAAUACCGAAUAAUAAUUUAGUGUUUUAGAACUUUUUUUUAUAAUAAUGCACAAGUCACGUGUGUGUGUGUGUGUCUGUCGUGAAAAUUAGCGGCUGUGGUGUCAUACAACAAAAAAAAUAUUAAAAAAUUGACAAAUAAUACGAUAAAAAAAAGUAUUACGCGUAAGGAACACUGCGUAGGUGGAUAUUGUUAUUUUACUAUUUUGUUUUUUAACAUUUGUCAUUCUUGAAAGGGGCAAACUACCUAAUGAUGGGCACUGAAAAGUGCCAGCCUUUGGCAUUUAUUCUUGUAGGAAAGUCACCACCUAUGUUUUACAGUUGAUAAUAUGGUGCUACUUUACCGCACUAAUGUGGUAAUUUAUCACUUUGUGUGCCUAUCUCGAAAAUUUAAAAGGCAUUUAAUUCUUGUACCGCUCGUGGCACAUUCUUACAAUGUUUUUCAUCACAUUUGUGAGGAAAAAAGGAAAUAAUUAAAUAAAUUUUUUGUCUAAUUUCGUACGAACAGCCCUCGGUCGAAAUUUAGGACUUACGGACCGCAUCACCUACGUAUUGUCCGUACGUGUAAACACCUUUUACGAGCAAGUGUAACAAAAAUGUUAAUUUAUAACUCAAUUUACUAUCUUAGGCUACCGGCGGGCCAUAUAAUUGUUAGCAACUUAACAAAAUAGUUAAAUAACAAUAUCCACACACGAUUAUUUUUAUAAAUAAAUUGUAAGCUUACUUUCGCUGUGGUUGUACUGUCACAGUUUUAACUCAUAAUGUUGUUUGUAUGUAUGUCAGCCUCUGUAAGACAUUUUCUUUGUGGUCUUGUUAAAAGGACACAUAAAACAUUAUGCAGAAGUUUGACUUCAUGGUUUAUUUAUCUUCUUAAAUUCUCUGACCACUAAAAUUUAAAAAUAUAUUGAAUACAUGAGGUAUAACGUAAAAAAUGUAAUUACUUUUUAUUUAGAUUAUCUAAGAGAGUAGGUAUACGGAACUGGUGUUCAAAAUAAUCUGAACACAACUUUGUUAUAGAGUCUAGAUUAUUUUGGACACCUGGGCCGUUUGAUAACUUCUGCUGCUGACAGUACAGUCGCCAUUAGAUAUAUCGGAGCGGGCGAGGUGUUCAAAAAUAUCUGAUAGCGACUUUUCUUUUACUUCUCUAUGAAAACCAUACAAAAAUAAGCCUUGUGUGUCUUUUCACAUGGCUCAUUUUUGUAUGGUUUUCAUAGAGAAAUAAACCCUUCUGAAAAGACACCUCACAUAAAGUCGAACUUCUGUUGUUAAUUUUGUUAGUAUUUUGGCAUUUGAUUUUAAAUAUAUAACCAAGCUUAUAUACAUUAUCAGAGUUACCUUAAGCCAGUACAUUAAAUUUAGUUUAACAUAAGUUUUUUUUUAGUUUGGUACAUAACUUUGGGAACAAAUCGAAUUAUUUUAUUAAAUAUUUUUGAUUUGUGUUUUUUUAAGUAGUCACACUAGUAUAUAUAAAUUAUAAACUGUAAUUGAUGCCACCACUGGAGGGCUUCGUCACUUUUUCUUAAAUAUAUGACAUGAAUUUCAGUUAAUAGUUUGGUAUAGUCAAGUGUAAAAAUAUUACAUUAUAAAUGUAGAAUUUAUUCAAAAAUAUGUCCCAUAGUUCUUAAUUCGGUGACAUAAGAGCUAUGGGACAUAUUUUUGAGUAUGAUGUAUGCAGCCAUAUUUUUACACUUGACAUGACUUUAAAUAAAUAUCUUAUAUUGUGUUUUAUGUGUAUGUAUAAGAAAAGAGUUAUUGACACUAGAAGGGAUAUAUAAUAAAAUAUUUGUACCCCCUAGUUUGACAGCUGAAAACUGGAUUGACAAACGUCAGCAUUGGACAGCCAAUCAAUCAAGCAAUCUUUAGGUAGUAUGGCUCCAUCGAUACUGUCGAUGAUUUCGCCAACGUCAAAGUGGGAUCCACGUGGGAUCGAAUUAAUAUUUCAGCCAGUGUACGGUAAAUAAUAAAAUAAUGGGUCUCUAGGGCUCUAGCCAGACACGGUUAGAGGUAGAAAUACCAAAUGCUCUUAGAGCACGACGUUGUUCGGUAGUUAUUAUUUGUAGUUGACUCUUAAAAGCGAUAGCUGGAUUUUACGAGAAGCACGUGGACUACCGGCCGUUGACUCCAAAAUGGUGGUUAAACACGCUUUGAGAUUAAUUCUCCAUUCACUGCACACUACUACAUUAGAUUACUGUAUAAUAAAGCUAUCGAUAUUACACUUUAAACAAUAUUAAUGAGCAAAAAACAAAGUAAUUAAUCACGAGGCUACUAUCAAGAUGGCGUUCGAACCGGAAGUCCCAUUGGACAGCCAAAGUUACCGCUUAUACGGAGCCGUACAGCGCCAACUACAUUAGCUGUCAAAUUUGGCCAAGAUGUUUUAGACUGUUUAUUAUUUCUAAUAUCAAUAACUCUUUUCUAAAAGUAAUAUAAACUUUUAUUAGGGAUUUGAAAAUUAAAACUAAAUACACAAUAUUAAUAUAUAUUAUGUUAUUUUUAAUUGACACUAUAUUUUUCUUAGGGCCUGUUUCACAAUGUCCAAUUAAAGUCCGGAAUAAGCUACUUGCCACUUAUCUGACGAAUAAAGUCAUCGUUGGCGUUUCACACUCUCCAAAUAAGCUUUAUCUGCUGGAUAAAGUGCUUUUUUUUGUAGGAAAUUUUAUCUGGCAGUUAAUUUAUUUGUUAAUUAGCUAUCCAAUACUUUACUUGGACAUUGUGAAACAGGCCCUUAGUGUGUAUUUUUAACUUGAUUAGGAAUUUAUAUAUUUAUGAAAAUUAUGUCUAAUGAAAUUAUGACAUAUAAAUUAUGUUAUAUCUCUGUAAAGGCUGGCAUAUGCAUACGUAAUAACUAUAGCUUGUAUAUUAUACAUGUAGUAGCGUUAUAUUAUACAUUGACAGUUGACAUGAAAUAUGACAAGUAACUCUUACUAAGGGGAUAGUGGACGACCGCUUCUCCACAAACGUAGUCCUCAUUUUCCUCUCUGGAUAUUGACAUCAUGGAAAAUAUUUAUACAUAAUUUGAUGUUUAUAAACCUUCGUUUGAUAUUUUUCUAUUUUUUUAUUAUUAUAAGAGCGAAACAUAAAUUAUAUAAAAUUAUAAAUGCUACUAUCCAAAAAAAAUCUACUAAUACAUCAAAUUGUGUCAAAAAUAAUUUUCAAUAAGUUAAUAUCCAGAGAGGAGAAUCGGUACUACGUUUAUAUGUAAAGGCGGAUUCACACGAUCGUUCACUUUCGCCUUAAGGACCUUUCAUACAAGAAAAACGAAUAGCCAACAUUGCAGUAACAAAGUUUCAAAUGUUAUCAUAAAAUUCAUAACUGUCAAAUUACAACUUUGCAAA